AGGUGCAUCGAAGCAUCCACUCCCUCAUCACGCUCCGAUUCUCUUGCAGUCCGUGUAAAAAUACCCGACGAUCGUCCGACUCGAUGUCCGUGUAAAAAUACCCCGCCCAUCGUACCUCCACUGCCUCCCCCGAUCCAUCCCCAGCUCGCUUUGGAGCGAAUCGUCUGGUGUGCCCAUCGUCGGCGAGUUUUUCUCCCAGCACGAUGCGUUUAAUCCGUUAGGUGGGUUCCAUGUUGCUGGUCUCAGCUCCUUGCUUAGACGUGCGGGUUUGUGUGCAGGAGCCAAGCGUGUCGCAGUCCCUCGUUCAAAGUCUUUAGACUGGUGGACUGUGCAGUGGAGAGUGUCGAAGUAGGACCGGCUUCUGGAUUCUGGUCUGAUGGUUGUCGGAAUGUGAGCGUUUCGUUGUGCUUAAAUGAGUUUUCGAUUAUCGAGUUCCCGGUGGAGAUCGUUUGAUGAACUGGAGUGAAGCGACGUGCUAGCAAUGCCAGUGCCCAUAUGUCCCUGCAGUAUCCGUGUCCGAUCCAACUACUCCUAGAAGCAGAGGAGAUAGUUGUAAUUACUGUAGACGAGGGUGUCUAGAGGACAAGAACAAGCUUGAGGGAUGGUGAGUUGAUUGUGUUCAGAGGCUUGAGGAAGCGACUGUCACGGAGAUUGCGAAGGUGCUUGCGGUUUUAGGUUUUGUGGUAGCUGCUUGGUGACUUCCACAUCUGGACUUGCGGAGGCUUUGGGUUCAGCGUAGAGUGUGAUACUCUCAGUGGCCCACGUAACCAGAGUUGUAAGCGCGCGGUCGUUAUCGCAAUGGAAUCCAUCGUCGCAAGCUGUUAGACAUUUGAAAUCUGGUUCUAGCUCAGAAAGGGACUGAACAGAAUGGCUGUCCCCACACCACCGGAGCUGAUAGCAUUGUCCAUCCCGCGGUUCUCGACGUUUCGACACUCCCUGAUACCACUGCCUGCUAGUAUCAAGCAAGAGCUCAGAGAUCGUAGUCCAAAAUCUGUAAUUUCCGACAUGCGCUUUAUUAGUCCAGGAUCGUCGUCUUCAAGUAGCGCCGAGCGUCGUACUAUCUCAGAUCUGCCAAACUCCAUCAAGAGCCAACCUGGGCGUGGGCGAAGUCUCCGCCUCUCCGACGAAGCCGACCCUGAUCCCAUUUCUCAAGAGCUUGGUAAGCCUGGGAAUUCCUUACCACUAGUGUCAAUGGUAAAAGAUACAUCACAUGUGUCGGCACUGGAAACUCCCAAUUCAGCUGUUCUUAUUGCAAACAAGCGAGGGGGUGACAAGUCGAAAACCAGAGUCCCUUCUGCUACGACUGUGAAAGCGACUGUGGCGUCGUCAUUGCCAACAGCCCUAAUCGUCUUAGCCGAACGCGCCGGCAGUGGUCCCAGAACUGUUCAGAGCCCUAGCCCACGUUCUUCAGCUGGGCUACGGGAUGAUCUAAACUCCAGGGCAACAGAUCGUGCAAUCUGGACAAGACCAACUCGAGAUGUAAACGCAAAUGGCAGAAGAUCCUAUCGAACGCCCACUGUAGCAUCAAAGUCUGCUGCUGAAGUUGAGGAUCGCGCCUAUCAACUCAGUGAAUCGUCAGAUUCAUCGAGGUCUUCCAUCAGACCUAACAAAACAAAAUCCGAAACCGAACCUCAACCUAGAAAUCUUAAAAUCCGGCCCACAUUUUCCGGGGAGCUUACUUGGAAUGGGAAAAUGCUAGAAAGAGUAGAUUCUACUAAGAGGAGGUCUGUAGGUCAAGGUGUAGCUGUCAACCGUCCUGCAACUUCCUCUCCAGGCUGCCAAGAGAAACCGAGGGCAGGUUCCAGAAACCAUACCCAUAAUGGGUCCUCCAUAAGUCCGACAGUUAAGAAAAGGGAGGAAUCUGUCAGCCCUGCAACCUCCACAGAUGUACCAGUGCGGCUCCGCACUCAGCGCCCAUUCUUGUCUGGUCCGAUCGUGGGGAGUAUGAUUCCAAAGCCUCCUCCAUCCAAAUGGGACGACGCUGAGAAAUGGAUCGUAAGCCCUGGUCGCAGCGAGAACCCGGCGAAGCCUCACUACCGGUCGUUGCAAAGCCUUUUGACAACAGGCAGAAGACAUUCAAUUACAAUCGGGCAGAGUUUACGCUCAAAGCAUGGAACGGGUAGUCCCGACUCUGCAGGCCCUACAAGGGAUAGCGCAUAUCCGCAAUUUAAGAAUGCAUUUCCAAAUGCUGGCGAAGUCGAAGGUGGUACGAAGCACACCUCUUCUCAAAAGAAGCAAUCUAAAGCGCUGUUCGGUGACUUUACAAGAAGGUUUGAUCCAUCUCCGAAAAAUACUCGCGCACUCGACCGUAAACAAGAACAUGUGAGGAGAGAAUCUGGUGGUCAGGGAGGAGAGUCGUCUUCGAGAGACACUCAAAUCAAAGCCCCUGUAAAUGACAAGCUUACGGAGUUGAACUUGGAGAUGCCUUCUUCAGCACAUAAACCGGUGUCAAGCGAAGAGCCUUCUAUUGUUAAACUGGAAAUUUCACAUUCGGCAUCAAAGGUAUCACUAGACGGCAAAUCUACGACGCAUUCACAUUCAGCUUCAAUGAGAGAGCCCAGCGCAGCGUCCGUGGCAGCAGAGUCUAUCAUAAAUCGUAACCCAGCAAGCUGCAAGGGCAUUUCCACCCAGAUAAUUCCCGGCGAAGGCCACAAGAAUCCAAUCUCUUCAUCAUCCGUAAGCGGGUUUACAAUCUCCCCCACUCGGCACAAUACCCCUGCAGGAAGGCGAGCAUCUUCGCUCGGAACCAUUCCCGGGUUAAUUGAUGUGCUUGAGCUUCAGACCGGCCACAUAGCGAAACUGGAGCUAAGAAAACUAACUGGUGACGAUCAACCUACUCUAGACAGAGGACAUGCCUGGACUACUCGCGAGGAGGAAGAACUCGAGACCGCUGCAAGUUUGCGUGAAGACCCAGAAGUCCUUGAGAGAGACCAGUUGACUGCCAAAGCUGCCACAUGGGAAGACGCUGAACAAGAAAAAUGCUUAGCCAGGUACAAGGAGGCUAAGAUUAAGGUUUGGGAAGAGCUCCAAAGAGCCCAAGCUGAAGCCGAGAUGAAGAGUACAGAGGUAAAGGUUGAGAAGAUACUCGCCCAUGCCACCGAGAAGAUGAAAGCCAGACUGGCGUUUGCAGCCAAAAAGGCCGCUGAAAUGAGAGCCGCUGCCAAAGUAGCCCAUAACGAUCGGGCUUCCAAAGCAGCAGAGAGGGCGGAGCUGAUGCGCAAAACGGGCAGGUAUUCUCCAAGCCCUCUGUCCGCCCUCCGGUGCUGCUUCCGAGGUUCCAUGACAACCCCUUCCACAUUGUAAAACUAUUGUCAGUGGAUCGUCAACGCCUCAGUUUUCUCCUGCAACCUCUUACCACUAUUCUGGUCAUAAUUCUGAGAUGAAUCUGGCCAUAUAAUGGACAAUGUGAGAGUUGGGCGCCAGCACAUAGCCAUCCAUCCAUUUUAUUGCUUGUUCUCAUAUAGGAUGACAUCUUGAAGUGAGGAUCGGUCAAUUGUGAGAAGGUUAUGAGUUGAAACCUUCCCGAUUGCGGUGCUCUUCAGCAUAUGGUCCUCACAAGGUCGUUUACCUUCAGUUUAGUACCUAGUAGCAGUUCAUUUAAUUCUACCAAUGUAGAGUCAUUCUAUAACAAAUGUACUUUUGCCUCCAACUUAUACAUGUAAUCCCUACUAGCA